AUGAAGAUCGGAGUUGUUAUUUAUGCUUGUGUGACCCUGUUUGCUUUGCUUUCUGCUACAAGCAAAGCCAAUCAGGAAGAUCAACUGGAAGAGCUGAUUCUAUCCAAGAGAUUAAAGAACAAGCUUCUGACAAGUUCUUGGGAAGAGAAAGAUGUGUCCAAACAGCAAUAUUAUGUGUCAUCCCAAGAAGGGCUAAUGCAGAGUGAUAAGAUUAGUGCAUUUCCUGGACAGCCUUAUGGAGUCAAUUUUAAUCAAUACUCUGGUUAUGUUACAGUUGAUCCAAAUGCUGGAAGAGCCCUUUUCUAUUACUUUGUAGAGUCUCCAUAUAAUCCUUCUACCAAACCACUAGUGUUGUGGCUCAAUGGAGGGCCAGGAUGUUCUUCAUUUGGCUAUGGGGCGUUUCAGGAAUUGGGACCCUUCAGAGUCAACUCUAAUGGAAAAAGUCUAUUUCUUAACGAGUAUGCUUGGAACAAUGUGGCAAAUGUGUUGUUCUUGGAAUCACCAGCUGGAGUGGGCUUUUCCUACUCAAACACUUCGUCUGAUUAUGAUCAAGCAGGAGAUAAGUUUACAGCAAGAGAUGCCUAUGUGUUCCUCAUCAAUUGGCUUGAGAGAUUUCCACAAUACAAAUCCAGAGAUUUCUUCAUCACUGGAGAGAGCUACGCUGGUCAUUAUGUGCCUCAACUUGCUUACAACAUUUUGGUCCAAAAUAUUUUCUCUGGACAAACCAUUAUCAACCUCAAAGGCAUUGCUAUAGGGAAUGCUUGGAUCGAUGAUGAAACAAGUUCAGAGGGAAUAUUCGAUUACUUAUGGACACAUGCUCUAAUCUCAGAUGAAACCCAUUCAAGUAUUGAUAAGUACUGUGACUUUGCCACUGAUAAUGUUUCAGACGUGUGUGUCAGUGCAACGAGAAAGGCCCUUCAGGAGAAAGGGAAGAUAGAUUGGUACAACAUUUACGCUCCACUCUGCCGUGACACUUCACUCAGAAAUGGUCCGCCUGGUUCUGUGUACAAUUAUGAUCCAUGCUCUGAUUACUACGUGGAAGCCUAUAUGAAUAACCCAGACGUCCAGCUAGCUCUCCAUGCUCUUCCCACAAACUGGACUCAUUGCAAAGAUUAUAACUGGACAGACAGCCCAAGUACGAUCCUUCCCACCAUCAAGGAUCUCAUCAGAUUUGGCAUUAAAGUGUGGAUUUACAGCGGGGACACAGAUGGACGGGUACCAGUCACAUCGUCUAAGUACUCAAUCAACCGUCUCAACUUUCCUGUUGAGGUUCCAUGGCGACCAUGGUACUCAGGAAAUGAGGUAGGAGGAUAUGUGGAGCAAUACAAAGGAUUAACGAUUGUGACAGUGAGAGGAGCUGGCCACACUGUUCCCAGUUGGCAACCAGCAAGGGCCCUCAUCCUCAUUACUUCAUUCCUCAAGCGCUCUGCGCCUCCGGCUUCACCAUGGCCAUAGCCAGAACUCUAGCUCCGUCUGCUUAACGCAACUUAUCUACAUGUCUUUUCUAGUUCUUAUUUUCCUCAAUAAAAGACUACAAACUAAAGUAUCUUGACCCAGAAUCAUGCUCAAAUGCUCAUUGCCAUAUGGUCAUAGUGCAGCAGCGCCAUUUAUA